GAGAAAACAGAGAAAGGAGAGAGAGUGGAGAAAGAUGACAGAGGAGAGAGAGCAGACAAAGGAGAGAGAGGGAUUAGUGGGGCUGACAUGGAAUCAGCUAUGAUUCAGAACCGGAUUAGGAAGAACCCAGUUGGUCGCCCUAGAUCAUCCACAGACCUCCACAAACACCUUGAUCCUAACGCUAGCACCAGAUUGCCUAGCCCUAACCCAAACCAUAUCCCUAGUCCAAGGUCCUCCCUCAACCCUUACCCAAGACCUCCCAACCUAAGCCCCAGCCUUAACCCCAACCCCAACACCAGCCCAAAACCCUGCCCUAACCCUAGCCCCAGACCUCCCAAGACUAAGGACCGGUGGUCCUACCUGAAGUCCCGAAGCCCCCCCAGCCUGGUCCAGAGGGAGUGUGGCCCCCUGUCAGGCGUGUCUGAGCCCCCCUCUGCCUUCCCUAUCACCCCAUCCAGCCCCCUGUACACCAACACGGACAGUCUGACUGUCCACAGCCCCGCCAAGCGCAAGCGAGGUCGUCCCAAAAAACAACCCCUGCUCACCGUGGAAACCAUCCAUGAGGGCACCUCCACCUCACCGCUAACCCCUCUGGCCCGGGACAGGAGGAAGACUCACACACUAACCACGUUGGCGCAGAUGGCAUCUGGUUCCACUAGCCCCAAUAGUAAUGGGUUGAAACUGAAGCGUGGCGCGGGUGGCCAUGUCAGGCCGGUGAAGAGGCUGAAGUUGGGGAAGGUGCAGAGCAUCCUGAACGAGAUCCUAUCAGGCUCAGGCCAACAUGGUAGCCUGGCACUGAAGUCCGCAUCUGCUCCCGUCUCCUCCGCCAUGACUGCCAUGGCCUCCACCAUUGAGGCCCGUCUGGGGAAGCAAAUCAAUGUCAGUAAGAGAGGAACCAUCUACAUUGGGAAGAAGAGAGGAAGGAAGCCACGCUCCGACACCCAAACCCUGACCCCCAAAGGUGGGGCCAAGCCCCCCGUGCCUGUGUCCAUGUCCAGCCUGUACGACAGCCUCCUAGUGCCUUCCACUGCGCAGCCCAGCUCCACCAGCCUCCUCCUCAGACCCAGCCACACUCUGUCCUCUCUGGGUCCUCAUGGGCCCCACUCCGACGUCACCAUGCCCAGCCUGCAGCCCAUCAGUGCCCUGCCCUCUAAACCGCCCGGCAGGGGGCUUCUUGGAGCCGGCUGGAAGCUUUCUCCCCCACGUCUCCUGGCCAACUCCCCAUCCCAUUUGUCUGAAGGGGCGGCAUCUGUCAAAGAGGUGACACUGUCGCCCAUCAGCGAAUCACACAGCGAGGAGACCAUUCCCAGCGACAGUGGCAUUGGGACGGACAACAACAGCACUUCUGACCAGACGGAGAAGGGAACCAAUGCACGACGCAGAUAUUCGUUUGAUCUGUGUGGGUUUGAGGCUGCAGAGGCUGCAGUGCUGGAGGCAUCCAGUCGAGGCAGUAGGGGUCGCUGUGAACGGCAGGCAGCAGUGGUGGAUAACUUCCUGUCCCAGCAGGAGAAGAAGCAAAAACACCGCAGGAAGAGGAAGUGCCUGCAGAGCAGAGACCACCUGCACUUUCUUUCUGAGCUUGAAGAGGUGGUGGUGAAGCUGCAGCAGCUACGUGUGUCUCACCGGCGCUACACCUCCUGCUACCCUCAGCACCCCUACCCCUCCAUCUUCCGUCUCAACUUCCACCACCACUACUAUCCUCUGACCUAUGACCCCUAUCCCUGUGACCCUGCCCCUUACCUGCGCAGGACCGCCGAGCUAAAGGCCAAGAGAAGGCGCGGCCGGCCCGCCAAAGCCAGCGAGCCAAUCACAUCCAAGCUGCCUUUUGUCCAGGGGUUUGGGUAUCCAUUGGCGGGGGGGAACUACUAUGCACCGUAUGCCAUGCCUUACGCCCCACCUCUGAGCCUGGGAUACUAUCCCCCCGCACCCCCCCUUUACUUGCCCCACCAUCCGCUUAGCCCCUCACCACCCUCCCCCUUCAUGAGGCCUGCAGUUCCCCCACCUAAGUUCCAUUCCGGCGUCCACUCCAAGCUUCAGGCCGGGGCCAAGCUCCGGACAUCUACCGGGCCACUUCAGGGCUCCUCAGGUCGGGGAGAAGGACUGGGAUCCAUGAGUAGUGGUGGUGGAGGUCUUGGAGGAGUACGGCUCCACAAGAGGAAACACAAGCACAAACACAAGCACAAGGACGAGACCCCUCUCCUCUCACCCCAUGACAGACAAGAGCUAGGUGGACUCUUCAGUGGUGCCAAGACCAAUGGGCUGCUCAACUUGCUUACUGACAGGCGGGAGAUUACCAAUCAGAAGCGUCAGGAGAAGCAGAUGGGCGGUGGGAGGGGCUCUAGAGGAGGGUCCAGAGGAGUAGUGUUUGAUUCGGACCGUGUCUCUUCUCUCCCAAUGGACCACGUCCAGUUCCGCACCCGCACGCCCGGACAGCCAAUGAGCAGCUUCCUGAGCAGCUACAGCAGCCAAUCACAGCGGCCAGAUCUCUCCUCCGACCUUUUUAGAUUGCGGGAGGAGGAGGAGGAGGGCACUGGGUGCAGCAGAAGGAGAGGCUUAGCAGUGUUUGGAGAGGAAGGGGUGAUGUCAUUCCACAAUGCCAGGAAAGAGAAGAGCCAGGAAAGAGAAGAGUUGUUUCACAAUGCCAGCCCUCCUGUGACAGGUGUUCCAGGUAAGAGGAGAUAUAAGCGUCGUGAGGUGGAGCAGAUUCACAGUGAAGUCAGGAGGAUGUGUUCUCUCAACAACGUCCUCAACAGUCAGAGGAGCUUUGAGCAUGUGCAGAAGAUCCUGCGUGUGAAGCGUCUCCAGCGCCAAGCCAAGACUGGCAACAAUGUCGUCAAGAGGCGACCGGGUCGUCCCCGGAAACACCCUAUUGAUGAGUCUGAACCCACUAGUUACAGGAGGGAUGAAGGGCGGGGCUUUGGGAUGCCGGUACUGGAGAGGUGUGUGGACUUACCGGGCAAACGGAGCUUAAGACCAAGUCCUGCCCCACAGCCGCUAGAGUUUUCCAAUCAUGAUUCGAUCUCGGCGGCCAUUGAGACGGUGGUGCACAGGGCACGCUCUCCAGCGCCCCCACCAGCCAGAGGAGGGAAACGCAGGGGGUGGCGCAGGAGGGAGGAAGGUGCAGAUAUGGCCUUCCACUAGCCAAUCAGACAGUAGGACAGUUGCAAAGGAACCAGAGAGCUGGUGAGAGGAGCCAAUGCUGGCUGUAGCAGCCAAACAGACAGCAACGCUGGCCCCUGCACUUUGACCUAUUGGCAUGUUUCUCUUCUAUGAUUGGAUGGAAGGAAGGUGAUGGCAGUAGGUCUAUGGAGGAACAUUAGAAGAGUAGUCCUGCACUCUGAACGAGUAUUCAAGGACGGACAGUGACUCUUAUAAUGUGUAUGUGAUACAAUGAUGCAUACUGUACUAUAAUAUUGUAUGGUACUUUACGGUACAAUAUCUGAUACUAAAUGGCACUCUUUGAUAAGGGACUGUAGGAUACUAUGGUACUCUAUGAUACUCUUUAUCUGAAUGUGGCAUUGGCCACGACUUUACCAGCAGACGGGGGGUGGUGAUUGGUUAAUAUGAUCAUUUGCAGCUCUGCUUAUUUUUGCCUUCUCUAUGGAAGCAAGUCAAAGACCACCCACCUCACUCUCCAACCCUCCACCCAGAUCCCAGGAUCCCUACUCACCGACCCCCGUCGUCACCCUGAACCUCUCUCCCCUCGUACCCUCCCACCCUGCCCUGUCCUGGCCAGAGAUACUAUAAAGGCAAUAUGUUGGACUGAGCCUCCCUGGCUGUAGGUGUCUACAUCCAGGGUCUAACUGUACAUACUCCUCUUCACCCGCCUUUUACCCUGGGGAAUACAGCCCAUCUACAUGUACUGGCUUAUAUCAAAUAGAAAUGUUGUAUCAUAGAACAUAAAAGUUGGGUAUUGUUGUUUUAUAACCAAAAAUAGACCUGGGUGUGACUCAAGACAUGUUUGUUUUCAGAGUGAAGGAACCAUAUGUAUUCAUUCAUUUAUUAUGUGUAUAUAAGAAGGGCAUCACAUACGUCAGGUGUGUUUGUCAAAACCUUAGUUGGUUUUAAUGCACUAUAUAAACAUACAUUUAAUCAAAGUCAGCACUUACAUGCUUGUUCUAGCCUUAUGUUUGGCCUUGACUUCAAUGGUGGAUAUCCAUUCAGAAACAAGCAUUAAUUUAAUCAAUUUGAAUAUGCAGGAUGCUCAACCAAUGGUGUCAAACCUAAGCCCAAGCCUGAUUGGAAAGUGAAGCUGUAGGAGGGUCUAAUGUUCAGUGUUUUGCAGUGAAUGUCCGGUACUCUGGUGAUUAUCUAAGUAAAAAUAAAAAAAACACAUAAUUUAGAAUUGGAAUAGGGAAACCAAAGUCUCAGAUAAAUGUGUUUCAUAGACUUGUCAAACAGGUUUUGCCAGUGUUCUCAUUCUGCAGUUGAACACAAAGGACCGCAGAUACUAGCUAGCUAUCAUGUCUUCAGUAUUUCAGAAACAGCAGUGAAUCAGUAUUUCACUGGGACCUGUGUGUAAUGUAAACCUGGAAAGCCUCUCCUCUCUCUGUGAGAGUAUUGUCAAUUCCAGAAGUUCUGCACGUGCCUUAUGUUUGUUUCUUGAACCACCACAUUGCAAAUCCCGGGGAAAUUUCAAAAUGGCCGAGAAGUUACUGAGAUUGAAAUCAUGAUUGUGCAUAUUUCGACACGUGUGUCUUAGCCACCACAACACAGGCACUACCUUUGUCUCUUCGCAGCCAUACGUGCAACAGACCUGAUUCCACUUCAGUUCCAGGCGCCCUUGUGCUUGCCCUGGCUCUUUGUAGUAAACAGAUGGAAAGGCUCGGUUCAACACUGUUUUGGGGGAGAAGGUAGAUACAUCAACAUACUGCAUACACGCAUCCAGUACUUUCAUCUGUAAGCUGUGACCAGCAGGGGUGGUAGGGUGCAAGGGAAAGGGGUCCAAGCUGUGCCAGAUGAGUUGUGGUUGUAACCAUGCUGUCUUACGUAGUUGCUUGCUAUGCAUCAGGUCUGACCUGGGCUGUCUGAGGAGUCCACCCUUCCACAAAGGCAAAUAAGUGUCUUAUUUACCCAAUAAAACAUGACGUCAUGUAACCAGAAAUGUAAAUAAUAUGAGUAAUAAUUUGUAAAGCGUUGUGCAGAUAGUGACUAUCAUUUCAUGUCAACUUUAGUGACUGCAGCUCCCUGCAGUGCUGCCUUAAUCAGAAGUGAAGCUCCAGUACUGAAGUGUUUGUCUGUAAAUAAUGUCUGUUCUGUUCUGCCUGCAUGGAUACAGACUGGGUUCCGCUACAAAAAUGCUGGGAUAGCCCUUCGGACCAACCUCGACCCAUCCUAGUCCACAGACGUACAGCACCACAUACAGACUUUAGAACCAGUCAGACCCCCAUCUGUCAGUCUCUGUCCGUCAAUUAGAACCAUUGCAAGAUUAAGAUCCCAUGGCCUGUGCCAACCUAUGCUAGUGACUUUUGUUGCACUUCAGCCAAGACCGAGAACCCCUGUUGGCUAGCAGCUAUACUCCCUUUAGCCAAUGGGUGCUUAGUGUUGGAGUGUGUAGAAGUGUGCGCGGGACGUGCUUAGAGGGCAUUACCAUGGAUACACCUGUCCUUGUCACUGUCUGUGUCGGCUCCUGGCGACAGAGAGCAGAGAUACCCUGAACUAGACCAGAUAAUCAAACUGCACAGGAGGCCUGGAUCUCUGUCAACCAGCCCUAAUGUCUGACUGGGGUAUAUUCAAGUCUGGAUGUGGUGUAGUCCUGGCCUAAGCAGAGUAGAUGUGGUCUUGUUAUGGUCUAAGCAGAGUAGAUGUGGUCUUGUUAUGGUCUAAGCAGAGUAGAUGUGGUCUUGUUAUGGUCUAAGGGGUCUAGAUUUACUCUAGUUGCGCUGUAAGGAGUCUAACUUCAUGCUUGGCAGCACAAUAUUCUAUGGUUGGUCUCUGAUGAUGGAGUUAAAACAACUAGGAUCUGUCUGUUUCUCUCUCUACCAGCCGAUAUUCCGGUGCCUUCUACAGCUGACUUGUAUUGUCCUGAUCCUCUGCUUUAACUACACACAGAGACUGACUGCGUGGUCCAGUACGGUCAAGUUAGGUUUUAGGGUCCCGGCUGUGUAUUGAAUGCCUACUGUGCUCAUUCUAGUCCAGCUGAAUGGCUAGCAUGGUUCUAGUAUGGUUGUAGUAUGGUUCUAGGUAGACUUUGCCCUUAACCACAUGUUUGGGAUCAAAGUAGCCAACCCUAGAUCCUAACCUUCAUCAUCAGACAGAACAUCUGGGUCACACUAAGGCCAGGCGGACCGCUCCAAUACAGCCAGCGGAGCAGAAUUAUGAAUGCAUGUGUCUCAAAUCACUCCCUAAACACUAAGUAGUGUCCUACCACACAGCCUGGUGAGAAGCAGUGCACUAUAUGUAGAAUAUGGGGUAAUUUAAGACACAGUCUCAGUCUCUAUUCAUAUGUGUAGUCAUUUACAUACUGUAUAUGUUAUGUUUCUAAGCUAUAAUGUUGUUCAAAGCUGAACGGGCAGAUGAAGCAUCGAUGAGGAAACCAAUAAAUGUACUUUGCAAGAGCACAAAGUGAGCUCUUAACUGUGUUGGCAUAUUUUAGUUUGUAUACAUAGUGUAUUUGAACCUUUUUACUAGAGUUGGUUUUCCUUUAUUUGCAUGCUCGACUUGAUUGUAUGCAUAAAUAUUUUAGACAAGUGGAGAAGUUGACUUUCAAUUGAAUUUGGAGCAAGACUUGUACAUUGUUUGAUAUGUUUCUUUUUGUAAUGGAUUUUUAAUUCAUAAAGCAUUUUUGUACAUUGUAUGAAUAUUAAAAAUGGCAAAUAUUUGACAUAUAGAAAUAAGUAAAUACUUAGAUGCGCAUGAAUAUGCAUAUAUCCUUUUUAGUAUGUAUAUGUAAAUGUACACAUAUAUUUUGUAUUUGCAUAUACAGAUAUAUGUCAUAUGCACAUAUACAUGCAAUAUAUAUAUAUGUAUAUCCAUGACUGCUGGCAUGCUUCUGGUCAUGUUUACCUUUCAUGAUCUUGUAGUCUUUUAUUUUGUUUUUUUUAUUUCUCUUUUCUCUGAGGAAAAGCUUGUUCUUUUGCUACCGUUUUCCUGGCUGGCAGCAUUGGGCACUUGAUGAAAUACAGUUGAACUUGUUCAUGUUAUUCAUUGUGUGAAAUAAUAAAUGAGUUUAUUGAAAGCUGA